AUGAGACUCCCCUCAGCAUUCGCCCUGACGGCGACGCUCGCCUUUAGCAGUGCCGCUUCCGCCCAGGUGGUCGACGCCGACCUGGUCGGCACAUGGGCCACCAAGGGCAAUAAGACCUUGACCGGUNNCCCCUUCUUCGACCCCGUCAACGACAACCUGAUCGAGCCCGCGCGACCGGGCAUUUCCUACUCCUUUACAUCCGAUGGUUUCUACGAAGAAGCCUACUACCGCGCCAUCUCGAACCCCGCCAACCCCUCAUGCCCUGGCGCCAUCAUGCAAUGGCAACACGGUAGCUACGUGAUCGGCAGCGACGGUUCCCUCACCAUGACACCCAUCGCCGCAUACCGCGUCUACACCGACCCCUACCACGGCAUCGCCCGCCUCGAUCUCACCGAAUUCGACGGCAAAAUCAUGCAACCCAUGUACCUCGUCUACUCUCCUCCCCAGAUGCUGCCCACCCAGACUCUCAACCCGACUCUCGCCGCCGGCGCAGCCACCUCUACUUCCAAAGCAAAGCGUGACAUCCCCAGAGAGGUGCCCACGAAUUUCAAGAUGGGCGUUCAGAACCAAGUCAUGAACCCUGACCGCUGGUGGUGGAUGGGUCUGACAUUUACUGGUAUUGGUGGUCUGCUCUACUUUGGUCCCAGGAGAAUGUAA